UAGCAUCAUGGUGGACCACAGCACAAGAUGCAAUAAUGUCCACUUCAACAUGCAUUAACGCUUGAAAAUGUGCUCACUUCAGCCAUGGUGGCCCCUAAAGAGGCUCAGAAGAACAUCAAGGAAACCAUUUCCAAGUUUUCUGGUUCCGCUGCAAAUAUUGUCAAGACUGUGAAAGGCCAAGCAUCAACGGUGGUUGAGAGAGUCAGAGGUCGUGACCCUCUUGAGACUGCGUCCACCUCUGAUCAUUCGUCUGGUGAUUCAAACUUGUCGGAGGACUUCAUCAUCCAGUCUGCAGCUACCGAGAACCUUGACUUCUCAACACAGUCAGCCCACAAAGAUGGCAACAGUGACAAUGUUUCCUCUAAAGAAACAACAGAUGGCAACAGUGACAAUGUUUCCUCUAAUGAAACAAAAAAUCCUGAUCAGCGCCCUCUACAGUCUGUUGUCAAGGAAACUACUACAGGGAAAUCAGAUAACCAAGAUCUCAAACAAAUACCCAAAACGGUUAAACCACCUUCCAAAGUGCAAUUUUCACAACAUGUACAGAGUCCACAGCAACAGUUGAGUGCACGGGCAAGGGAGCGGCGAGUCCCAGCUUCUCGCGUCAGCAGAUUGUUCAGCUAUGGAGGUCUGGCAGCUGGUCUUGGGGCCGGAGCCAUCGCCGAGGUCACACGGAGGUCAUUGGGCAUCAUGAAUGACAAUGCUGCCAAAGGUCAAGGUAUAUUGGACUCCAGCCCCUUCCUGACGGAGGCGAACGCUGAAAGAAUUGUCAACACGCUCUGCCGUGUGCGGGGAGCAGCGUUUAAACUUGGCCAGAUGCUCAGCAUUCAAGACAAUUCCUUCAUUAAUCCACAAUUACAGACGAUUUUUGAGAGAGUUCGGCAAAGUGCAGAUUUCAUGCCUUCCUCCCAGAUGCGGCGGGUAUUGACAAAACAACUUGGACCUGACUGGAGAAGUAAACUGGAGACGUUUGACGAAAAGCCUUUCGCUGCGGCCUCCAUUGGCCAGGUGCACAGAGGAACUUUGCUCGAUGGCCGUCCAGUUGCCAUGAAAAUACAGUACCCUGGUGUGGCCCAGAGUAUUGAUAGUGACAUCAACAACCUGAUGGCCGUAUUACGAGUAGGAAAACUCCUGCCAGAAGGUCUGUACGUGGAAAACGUGAUGAAUGUAGCCAGGAGGGAGCUGGCAUGGGAGGUCGACUAUAACAGGGAGGCUGAAUGCAGCAAAAGAUUCAGAAACUUGUUGAAGGACUACUCGGAAUUCCAAAUUCCUGAGGUGAUAGAAGAAUUAACAGCAUCCCAGAUUUUGACCACAGAGUUUGUGGAGGGCAUGCCACUUGACCAGUGCAUUGAUCUGGACCAGGAGACCCGAGACAAGCUGGGGGAGAGUGUGUUGAAGCUGUGCUUGCUGGAGUUAUUUGUGUUCCGGUUCAUGCAGACGGAUCCCAACUGGUCCAACUUCUUCUACAACCCGGUAACAGACAAGCUUGUACUUCUGGACUUUGGAGCCAGCCGAGAGUUUGACAAGUCGUUUGUAGACAAGUACAUCAAAGUGAUAAAGGCUGCCUCGGUAGGAGAUCGAGAAAAGAUUCUUUCGGGCUCCAUUGAUAUGGGCUUCCUCACAGGUUAUGAGACGAAAGUGAUGAUGGAUGCUCACGUAGAUGCUGUAACAGUUCUUGGUGAGGCGUUUGCAGUUUCAGAGAUGUUUGAUUUCUCCACCCAGAGCACCACCCACAGGAUUCAGAACCUUGUGCCCGUGAUGCUGAAGCACAGACUGACCCCACCCCCAGAGGAGACCUACUCCCUGCACAGGAAGAUGUCAGGCGCCUUCCUCCUGUGUACAAAGCUAAGGUGUAAAGUCAGGUGUAAAUCUCUGUUUGAUCAGAUCUGGAAGGACUAUAACGUUUGGUGAUGAGGACAGCUUGUUGUGAUAUCUCACUGGAGUGAGUGAGUGAGUGUGGUUGCACAUCAUCUUUAGCACUAUUUCGACAAAAUCAUUGAAGGAUCACCAGAAAUGGUCUUCAGCUGAUGAAGGACUGCUGGUGC